AUGGAAAAAGAGACGUACGUACGAGUAGUGUUUGUGGUACGGUACGAGUAUGGGUAAAUGAUUAGUAAGGUUGUGGCGUUGCUAGGCGAGGUGUGGAGGGGGACCUAUGGAUAGAUAGAUCAAGGGGCUUUUUCGUGGUCUGAACGUUGGUUUGGAGGGGAUUGUAGGUUGAGGGGGGACUUGGAUAAGAAGGAAGGGUGGUCCCUUUUUCUGAGAGAGGUAAGUCGAGUUCUCUGUUUGAGCCAGGGUUUUGAGCGAGAUUUUCGAUGUGUUUCUUGGGUUUAACAUUAUAGAGGACUUCUUAUUACAGGUUGAGUUCGAGAUCACAUCUUCCGGAGACGAACAAAGGAUUUGCGGUCGUGAAUCCUUAUACCGUUACCCCCCUCGACCUGACACGCAUUCUCAUCCCACCUCAAAUUCAUCCCAACUCAAAUUCGGGUUUGGGUUGCUUUCUCUCUUCAGUCACUUCGACAUUAUCGAAGAAAGGAAGGAAGGAAUAAGAAGAUAAGAGAGAGAGAGAAAGAACGAGAGAACCAAAGAUGUCUAAAGUCCUAGUCACAGGCGCGAAUGUUUCGUAGCCGCGACUAUCAUCGACCAACUUAUCGCGAAGGGAUACAUAGUUACUGGAUGUUUGUCCUCUUUUCUCUUCACCCUUCCCUUCCCCCCUAUUCUUCUCCUAACAAACCCAAGCUGUCCGUACACCCACCAAGGGCACCCAAAUCCUCGCCUUCCACCCGGAGUACGCUGGCAAACUCGACUUCGUCGUCGUCUCGGACUACGCGAAGCCAGGCACCUGGGAUGACACGUUCCGAGAGAAGGACUUUGAGUUUGUAGUUCAUACUGCGGCGCCGUUGCUGGAUGAUCCUGGGAAUGAGGAUUUUGAGAGGGAUUUUUUGGGGCCUUCUGUUGGGGGUAUGUUUUUUUUUCUUUCUUUCUUUUGUUUUGGGGUUGGGUUGGUGGGUUGAGAGGAGGAGAAGGGGGAAGAGGGAAGAGGGAGGAGGGGAGACUGGGGUGUGAGGAAAGGAUUGGGCUAAUUGUGUGAGUACAGGGCUACGGAACUCCUGAAAUCCGCAAAGAAGUAUGGGAAUAGUGUUAAGGCAGUUGUCGUUACUGGGUCGAUCAACGCCAUGACCACGGGUCAGGAUCUAGAGAGGGUGUUUACCAGUUCUGAAUGGCUUCCUGUAAUCUUCCCAUUCACAUCCCUUCCCAAUUUCCUUGUCCUCACUAACACAACCAGCUCACAAUCGACGACGCUAUCAAAGCCCAGCAUCCAUACAUCUCUUACUGCGUCGCCAAAGCCGAAUCCGAGAAAGCAAUCUGGAAAUUCGUCGACGAGGAGAAACCAAACUUCUUGGUUACGGUCCUUUUACCUGGGCUCAUUUUUGGACCUCCGCUUCAGCUGGUGACGAGCUUGAAGAGGAUUAAUUAUAGUAAUGAUGUUUUUUAUGGGCUUUUUAAUGGGAGUAAUGAGGUUAUUUCAGGGACUAGCUUUCCUAGUUAUGUUUGUUAUCCUUUGCUUCUCCUCUCACAACCCCUUUUCCCCUCAAUGAAGGACGAAGAUGAUUAACAAUCUCAGAUCGACGUCCGCGACCUCGCAAUUGCACAUAUCAAGUCGCUCACAACUCCGGCGGUUGCGAACCAACGUCUCAUUGUUGGAGGAAAGAAAUACAGUUCUCAGUUUGCGGUUGAUGCUUUGAAGACUGUGAAGGAGUUGGAGGGGAGACUUCCGAGUGAUGGAGAUGAGGUUGAGAGGGAGGUCAAUUUUGGGGAUGUGGAGGAAUGGAACGUGAAAUUGGGUUUGAUGCCUAGGAGUGAGGUAGAGACUUUUGGGGAUGCGGCGAGGAGGAUUUUGGAAUUGGAGGAGUUAUUAAAGGAGGGUUAA